AUAAAGAGGGAUAUAGAUAACAAGAAAAAGAAAACAAUCUCUCUUCAUCUCAGUACAUCGUAUUAUACAGCUAAUACCAGAUUUUAUCUCCUUUCUCUCUAAGAGUGCGAAAAUGUAUGCCGACCAAAGAGCGGUUGACAAAGCUGGGGAAAAUAUUGCCAGUGCAGCUCAAGCAACGAAAGAGUACGUAGUCGGUGCAGCCCAACCGGAAAAGGAAGCGACCCCUGGAUUCCUUGAAUCAGCUAAGAACACAGCUAACACAGCUGGGGGACAUGUUGCCACUGCAGCUCAAGCAACGAAAGACUACGUAGUCGGUGCAGCCCCGCCGGAAAAGGAAGAGACCCCUGGAUUCCUUCAACAGACUGGAACGGCGGUGGUGAACACGGCACAAGGUGCAGUGGAGGCUGUGAAGAACACAAUCGGAAUGAAUGAUGAAAAGAAAUGAAGAAGUAAUUGUAUUGAUUUUGCUAAUUUCAUUUUUAUGAUGUUGUAGUAAAUGAUUCUCCAAGCGUAAUGGAAAAUGUUUGAUUCAGAAAA